UUCUCUUUGGCGGCAGUUUGGCUUUUUAAGAAGCUUCUGUGGUUUAAAAGCCAGGGAGAAUCUGGAAAGGGGCCGUCACUCUUAGCCCUCUUUUCCUCCGAGUUUGCGUCUCCGUGGGCCAAGAUGGACAAAGUUUGUGCUGUCUUCGGAGGCUCUAGAGGCAUUGGGAGGGCAGUGGCCCAGUUAAUGGCCCAAAAAGGCUACCGACUGGCCAUCAUCGCCAGAAAUCUGGAAGUGGCCAAAGCCGCCGCCGGUGAGCUCGGCGGAGAUCAUUUAGCGUUUAGCUGUGAUGUUGCCAAAGAACGUGAUGUUCAAAAUACAUUUGAAGAGAUGGAAAAAAAUUUAGGUCGAGUUAAUUUUUUGGUAAACGCAGCUGGAAUUAACAGGGAUAGCCUUUUAGUAAGAACAAAAACUGAAGAUAUGAUAUCUCAGCUUCAUACUAACCUCUUGGGUUCCAUGCUGACUUGUAAAGUUGCCUUGAAGACUAUGAUUCAACAGCAGAGAGGGUCUAUUGUUAAUGUAGGAAGUAUUAUUGGUUUAAAAGGCAAUUCUGGCCAGUCUGUGUACAGUGCAGGUAAAGGAGGACUAGUUGGAUUUUCACGCGCUCUUGCUAAAGAAGUAGCAAGAAAGAAAAUUAGAGUGAAUGUAGUUGCACCAGGAUUUGUUCGCACAGAUAUGACGAAAGACUUGAAAGAAGAACAUUUAAAGAAAAGUAUCCCCCUUGGGAGGUUUGGAGAACCUAUUGAUGUGGCACAUGCGGUUGUGUUUCUUUUAGAAUCACCAUAUAUUACAGGGCAUGUUCUGGUAGUGGAUGGGGGAUUACAACUCAUGAUAUGAUUAACAGAUUAUUCAGUUAUAAUAGUGAUUAUAAUCAAGGGUACAGUUUGGCUAUUGACAGUCAUACCUGUGCAGGUGACAUUUGCUAAUUAGAGCUAUUGAUGAUACAAGUAUUGAUUUUCAUCUUUAUAUGAAUAUAUCUGAAAAGAGCACUGUCUGACCAUUUGUGUUUUCUAAGUGGUAUGUACCUUAUAGGCUCUAGCAAUUUUAGUAUAUAGACA